UUAGGGUAUCAUACCUGUUUUUACAUCCCGCGAAGAAGAGCUUGAAAGACUUGCUGUGCCAAAAUAGUGAAAAUGGUCCAAAAGUGGAUGCAAACGCUUAUUUUACUGUUCUUUUGUCAAGAAACUCUUCAGCAGGUUUCUCCAAAUAAGAAGAAGGACGGAGAAAGUGUCCGCAUCACCUGUGUUCCGAAGACUAAGGGUACCAUGGUGAUUUGGUUUCGAGUGAAGGAAAACUCUGGAAUGGAGUUCAUCGCAUCGUUUAGUACAAAGGAUAGUACACCAAAGACCCCGUUAAACAGUGUCGUCUUCAGCGAUGAAAAUAUAGGGAAGAACAUUUUGAUAAUUAAGUCAUUCCAAAAGGCGCGCGACAGUGGUGCAUAUAGCUGUGCGUCGAUCAACAGCAAUGCACUCGUGUUUGGUGAAGUGACUCGACUUGCUGGGGAAGAGUCUCCAUCAACUACAACCACGGUAACGACGACACCAACAACCACUGCCGAACUGCUAAGCAGCUCUACAACUGCCAAGGCAUGCCAAGUGGGAAAAUCAGGCCCCAGAGAAAUGUGUGAUCUGAUCGUUUGGGCCCCAUUAGCUGCUGGCUGUGGCCUCCUCUUCCUCCUCCUCCUCAUCACUAUAUCAUAUUGCAGCCGGACAAGAACAAAGCGAUGCCCACAUCAUUACAAAAAGAAGCCGAGAAUGGGAGCACACGGGAAGUAACAUCCUACAGCCAACAACAGACUUUUCUGACCCUCAACAGACACUGAGAAACAGAUUCAAGAAGGUACACCAUUGUCUCCACUAACAACUGUUGCAUUUUUUUCCAUUAUAGACAUUUCUACUGACAUUUGCUCUGUAAUUGUUUUCCCCCAUUUCAAUAACAUACUAGCUUUAUAGCAGGUUUGUUAUGAGGGUUUGUGUAAUUUUGUCAGUCUAAUGAAUAGAGAUGUAUUGUUUUUGGCUUAGUUUAUAAUUAUGUUAUAAGAUACUUUUUGACUUGGUGACGCAUAUUCCCUGUAAAUAAUAUAAAUGCUGUGAAACUUGAUUAAACUCAACAUAACAUAUGCUCCCGUAUUGUUGAAAUUAUCUCUAUCCUCUAAACCUGUAUUAUAAUUUUUUGUAGACAUCUAUUAAUAUUUGUAACAAUUGCAUAUAGAAGAUUUAACCAUGCAUGUCAUUUACAUGUGUAUUUGUUAGCAGAAAAUAAA